GUGUGUGAGUCUCAGACAGGCUCCUGGAACCACUCCUCAGAGGCAUGCUGGAACCCCACAGUGGAGAUGCAGAGGCCGCCCCACACCAGCUCCCUCAGUCUCCCAGUUCCUACCCGGGUAGAGAUCGAGCGAGGAAGAUGUCGAGCCCGGGUGUGGACGGCGACCCCAAGCCUCCAUGCUUGCCUCGAAAUGGCCUGGUAAAGCUGCCGGGCCAGCCCAACGGCCUGGGUGCAGCCAGUAUCACCAAGGGCACACCAGCUGCCAAGAACCGGCCCUGCCAGCCACCACCCCCACCCACCCUCCCACCGCCCAGCCUGGCUGCCCCACUGCCACGGGCUGCCCUAGCUGGGGGCCUGUGCCCCCCAGCAGGGCUCCCCCUUGGUGGACCAGCCUCAGUCCCAGUUCCUGGGCCCCCAGUGGAGCGGCCACCACUGGCCACAGAUGAAAAGAUCCUCAAUGGCCUCUUCUGGUACUUCUCAGCCUGUGAGAAGUGCGUGCUGGCCCAGGUGUGCAAGGCCUGGCGGCGUGUGCUCUACCAGCCCAAGUUCUGGGCGGGCCUCACACCUGUGCUGCACGCCAAGGAGCUCUACAACGUGUUGCCUGGUGGCGAGAAGGAGUUUGUGAACCUGCAGGGCUUCGCUGCGCGUGGUUUUGAGGGCUUCUGCCUGGUUGGUGUCUCCGACCUGGACAUCUGUGAGUUCAUCGACAACUACUCCCUCUCUAAGAAGGGCGUCAAGGCCAUGAGCCUCAAGCGCUCCACCAUCACCGAUGCCGGCCUGGAGGUGAUGCUGGAGCAGAUGCAGGGGGUCGUGCGCCUGGAGCUGUCAGGCUGCAACGACUUCACCGAGGCGGGGCUGUGGUCCAGCCUGAGCGCCCGGAUCACCUCGCUGAGCGUGAGCGACUGCAUCAACGUGGCCGACGACGCCAUUGCGGCCAUCUCGCAGCUGCUGCCCAACCUGGCCGAGCUGAGCUUGCAGGCCUACCACGUGACGGACACGGCGCUGGCCUACUUCACAGCACGCCAGGGCCACAGCACGCACACGCUGCGUCUGCUCUCCUGCUGGGAGAUCACCAACCACGGCGUGGUCAACGUGGUGCACAGCCUGCCCAACCUCACCGCGCUCAGCCUCUCCGGCUGCUCCAAGGUCACCGACGACGGCGUCGAGCUCGUGGCCGAAAACCUGCGCAAGCUGCGCAGCCUUGACCUUUCGUGGUGCCCGCGCAUCACCGACAUGGCGCUCGAGUACGUGGCCUGCGACCUGCACCGCCUGGAGGAGCUGGUGCUGGACAGGUGUGUACGCAUCACGGAUACUGGCCUCAGCUACUUGUCCACCAUGUCGUCCCUCCGCAGCCUCUACCUGCGAUGGUGCUGCCAGGUGCAGGACUUCGGGCUGAAGCACCUCCUGGCCAUGAGGAGUUUGCGGCUCUUGUCUCUGGCAGGCUGCCCGCUGCUGACCACCACGGGGCUGUCGGGCCUGGUGCAGCUGCAGGAGCUGGAGGAACUGGAGCUGACCAACUGCCCCGGGGCCACCCCCGAGCUCUUCAAGUACUUCUCGCAGCACCUGCCCCGCUGUCUCGUCAUCGAGUAGCGCGGGCCUCCCCGCCCCCGGCGCAGGAAGCCGCCACGCUCCGGGGCGGGACGCCUUCUCCCGGCCCUGCCCUCAGGGGAGCCCUCGCGUCUGCGGCCCAGCGCGGGA